UCCCCGUUGCAUGCCGGAGUCAUGGCGGUGUUCCACGAUGAGGUGGAGAUCGAAGACUUCGAGUACGACGAGGAGACGGAAACGUACAGCUACCCGUGUCCCUGCGGGGACCGCUUCCUCAUCACGCGGGAGGACCUGGAGAACGGGGAGGACGUGGCCACCUGCCCCAGCUGCUCCCUCAUCCUGCGAGUCAUCUACGACCAGGAGCAGUUCAUGCGCGAUGAAGUCAUUGCAGAACCUUUGGCAAGCAAAGAACUGGUAAAGUGCUGAUGAAUCCAUCAUGAACUGUUGCUGCUUUAACAUAAGCAAGUGUGGGAAUGACAAUUUUGGGAAGAGACGUUGCGCCGCCUGGAAGUUCUUGCUGCUGUGAGAGACACGUGCAAUAAUUGUCUGUCUUAAUAACUUGAAAUUUUUGGGGGCAUCAGCAUGAAUGAGUUGUUUGUUUGUUUGUUUGUUUCCAAUAGAGCUGAGCAUUUAAUUCGUAUUAGCUGGGAUACGUACUCUAGAAGACCAGGACUACGAUCCUAAUUUGACUUAAUAUGCAGAAGAUGCGUAUAGUGUUGCUCUACACUGAAAUUAGAACAGUUACCCGGCAGUUGUCUCUUAGACUAUACGGACAAGUUCAGUAUAUUUAGUGUGGGUGGAUACCAGCAUGAAAUAGCACAGAGAGCUGAAAUGUUGGGGGACGAAUGUAGAAGUCAGUAGGACUCCAUGGUUCUGUAGGACGCUGUAAAGAACUGAAGUUUUGAUGCAACUUACCAUCUCCUUGGUUUGGUGCCCUCAUAGUUCCAGCAUAUACCGAGUAGGGGGAGAUAAUGAGAUCCAGAACCUGUGCUGCUGGUACAUCGUUUCACUCCUGUGAGUGGAAGGAAAGUGCAGUUGGAUUCAUAACCGUACUGGGUUGCAGCAGAAGCAGCUUUGGUAGCUGUAUCAAAGGGCUGUCUGACACAAUGGUUUGUAUUUGUGUGCACUGUGUGAAAAUGAACAGAAAGCAACAAUUUUUGCCCCUGUACAGUUAGUAAUAGAUGAAUGAAAUUGAACUCAAAGUGGAUUCUUCUUUGCCCAUAUUUUCUCAAUCACAUUAUCACAGAAUUGUAGGGGUUUAAGGGACGUCUAGAGAUCAUCGAGUCCAACCCCCAGUCACGUUGUGGUUUGAUUCUUGCAGCAAAUAUAAAACAGGCUGUAUUUGUCUGUUCUGUUUCUGGAUUUGUAAGUCUUGUUUUGUUGGGUUCUGUCAUUUCCUGGCAGACUGUUCACUUUAUUCAAUAAUGAAAAGGAACGUUUUUAGGACAGAAGAAAGUUGCAAGAAUGUGCUCCAAAGUACCUUGGUUCCAAGACUUCUUGAAUCACAGCCCACUGCACUUAAAUACUUAUUUUAAAUGGUGAUAAUUUGUGUGUUUUAGUAGGAUGUGACAUCCGGGAAGUUUAGGGGAAAAUAUUUGUGCAGCAUUUAUAUCAUCUUUUCACUCCAGGCACAAGAGAUGAGCAGGUCUUACUGAUGUCUCGGAUUUGGUUAUUUUUGUAUUUGCAACAUUCUGUGAAUGUGGGAAACAAACCUAAUUACUGCUUAAAACAAAAGCAGGCAGGAGCUGACACCCUGCAACAGGAAGUUUUGAAGGCAACAUGCACAACCCGCGUUGUUUCUGUACGUAACCACCAGGUGUCGCUCCUGGGACUUAAAUGUCUGUGCUCCACAAAGUGCUGGGGAAAUUUGGUUAGCUAUAAAUAUUUAUUUUGACUUAUGCUUAAAUAAAAAUGUUUGAAGCUACACCAGUGAUUAUAAUGGGCUGUUACUUCCUCUGCUUGUGCACCAGUCACAAUGAUUUCUGAAGGUGCUGAGUUUCUGCUGCGGUUGUAAUGCCAAAAUCUUUCCAGGCUGGCUGAAAAUAAGUGGUUUUUAGUCUAUCAAUAAAUGCAGGAACCCCA